AUGCAAAGAUCAGAAGAAACAUCUGAGACAGAAGGAGUAUUUGGCUCUCAUCGGAGGCUUUUGUACUUACCUCUCUUUGACAAUGCUGGGGAACCUUGGAACUUCCUGUGGAUCAACACAGCAACAAAAGCAGCAAAACAUUUUGCGCAGAAUUUGUCUUGUGAAAAUUGGCUGGCCUUAGAGAAUAUUUUGAAAAAGUACUACCUCUCUGCAUCUUAUGGGAUCGAGUUUAUUUUUGGAAUGCUUGGCAAUUUCACCGUGGUGUUCGGCUACCUCUUCUGCAUGAAGAACUGGAACAGUAGCAACGUCUAUCUCUUCAACCUCUCCAUCUCUGACCUUGCUUUCCUGUGCACACUUCCCAUGCUGAUAAGGAGUUACGCCACUGGGAACUGGACCUAUGGAGAUGUUCUCUGCAUAAGCAACCGUUAUGUGCUUCAUGCCAACCUCUACACCAGCAUCCUUUUCCUCACUUUCAUUAGCAUAGACCGAUAUAUGCUCAUGAAGUUCCCUUUCCGAGAACACAUUCUACAAAAGAAGGAAUUUGCCAUUUUAAUCUCCCUGGCUGUCUGGGUCUUAGUGACCUUAGAAGUUCUACCUAUGCUCACGUUCAUUACUUCCACCCCAAUAGAAAAGGGCGACAGCUGUGUCGACUAUGCAAGUUCUGGAAACCCUAAAUACAGUCUCAUUUACAGCCUGUGCCUGACUCUGCUGGGCUUCCUCAUUCCCCUGUCUGUGAUGUGCUUCUUCUACUACAAAAUGGUAGUCUUCCUAAAGAAGAGGAGUCAGCAGCAGGCAACUGUGCUACCGCUGAACAAACCUCUGCGCCUGGUGGUCCUGGCAGUGGUGAUCUUCUCUGUACUCUUUACACCUUACCAUGUCAUGCGCAAUGUGAGGAUUGCCUCACGCUUGGAUAGCUGGCCACAGGGAUGUUCCCAGAAGGCCAUCAAAUGCUUAUACAUCCUGACCAGACCUCUGGCCUUUCUGAACAGUGCCGUCAACCCCAUCUUCUACUUUCUUGUGGGAGACCAUUUCAGAGACAUGCUGUUUAGUAAGUUGAGACAAUACUUCAAGUCCCUUACGUCCUUCAGGCUCUGACCUAAUGCAGGUCUUCACUCAGCCAGAAUAAGACUCAACUCUGCAAUUGAGUUUUAACCAAGUAGACCACCACCUCUAGGCUUUAGCAUUCCCACCAUCCUCUAACCCUGAGUGCUAGAGCACAAACUGGGCACACAUGAAUCAGAAGAGCAACCGUCUGUCCCGAUCUUAGGCUGUACCCAGAGUAUGGAAAAAUGAGGCACCAGAACGCAUUGACAUCUUCACAUAAGAACUGAACAAAAGAGAACUGAUGUUGUCAAUAUUUGGACACUUAAGAUCCAAGGCCUUGGAGAUUUUAAGACCUCUUCUUUCUAUCAGUGUA